AAAUAACUGGACUAUAAAUGCCAUGUUAUUCAAGGAGAGGGCUCAACCUUCUUUGUCAAACAUUCAUUGUCAUUCAUUUUCUUUCUUGUCGUUCAUUCAUUAAUCAAGUCACUCAUUUAUCAUGGCCAUGCGCCUCAAAGGCAUCUUCGCCCUCUUGGGCAUAGCGGCCACUACAUCUGCCAUUGGUCUUCACAAGGCGGUGGACGGUCUGCUACAAGUCACUCCUUCCUUUACUGGCGAUGAUAUAGCAUUGCAUCCUGGGUUGAACCCCAGCCACAAUCCGCUUGACCUGGAGCAUCUCUCUGCAGGCCUGGAGAAGGUCCUGCAUUACAGCCAAGAGGGCCAUCGUCCCGCGCUUCAUGGGGCAAAACACGCUUCCCUUGAGGCGAAAUUUGUCCGGAAUACGGUUGUCUUAGAUCAGUCCGAUCUCGUCAGUAGCGUUACCUGUGAUGACAAUGACAUGCACAUCUGCUUCAACAACCCCCUUGCAAUGGCGACAGUUGAGGCCUCUUGGUUGAUCCAAGGUGGAAUCAACCUGGCAACUUACCAUCAAGGCUGUGGAGAUGAGAUCUCGGGGAAGCGUAGCUUCUUCCAUGCGACUCAGCCCUCCAUCAAUCUAGCGGACAUGUGCAUUGUGAUGUCAGUUACUCCUAUCCAGGAGUCAGAUGCCUUGGACUCGGGUGUCCUAACCUGGGGUACAUACAAAGACCCACAGCAGAGAAAGAGAUCCCCUACCAAGGGCCACGUUCGUGUCACCAAGCCAGCCUACUCUUCCAACGGAGGCAGGCCCGAUUCCCCAGCAGCGCGCAAUGUGUCCGAUAGAUAUGCCAGCAAUGCCACUAUGGAUGUCGCGUUAAACCCUUGGGCAUUGAAGAACUUUUUCAACAGCUCUGAUAUCGAUACGACACAUAUGGGUGAGAAGAUUGACCCCAUGAACUUUGUAGAUAUGGAAGAUCUUGACGUCCCCGAGUCACCUACAAACAUGACUCGACGGUCAACCACGCGUCUUCGUGCUGAAAGAACCAAGAGAACUAUGACCGAAGUUUCAAAACGCUCUUCAAACGCGCUUGCUAGACGAGAUAUUUUCUCUGAUAUUUGGAAUGGCCUCAAAGAUCUAGGACGGCGAAUUGGGAAUUUUUUCAGGAGUGCAGCCACCUUCAUUAAAAAGGCUGGCGACGCGCUUAUUGAGAUCGCAGUCAUCACUGCAAAGCUGGUGCUAGUGCCUUUCGGUGUCCCAUUUGACCACACAUAUCACAACGAUAUCAAGAUCGAUGAAUACCUCAAGAGCAAUAUUGGAAACCGGCCACCAGAAAUAUUCGGCAUCAAAGAUGGUUUCAAGCUCGCCAGCUCUGACAACUACAACAAUCCAACCGAGUUCCACUGGACGGUACAGUGCGCGAAAUGUGGUGUCCACGUCAACAUCGACAUAGAUGGCCGGUUAGCAUUCAGCAUCAAAAGCGGUAUCACGGAAGGGAGUAUCUCGUUUGUCAACAACGAUCCUUUGACCCUGGAUGCUCAGUUUGGAAUAAGCGCAGACGCCUCAAAGAGCGCAUCCAAGAGCAAAUCGAAGACUAUCAAGGCAAAGAAGACAAAGGAUCUCAAAAGCAUUCCCUUCGGUGGCUUAGCCAUUCCGGGCAUUCUCAAUCUGGGCCCUCAGGUGACCUUCGGGGUAGCAGUCGGCCUUGAGGCUUCUGGCAAGGUCGAAAUACUGGCUGGAGGCAGUGUCUCUAUUGGAGCAGGACACGCCAUCGCCAGCUUGAGAGGCAAAAAUGAAGUCAAAGGGUUUGAGCCAAGUUUCGAUCCCGUAUUUCGUGCAAAGGGUGAAUUCUCCCUUACUGGUGAUAUUGGGUUGCCCGUGGCGCUUGAAGUUGGACUCACCGUUCUUGAUGGGAAGUUCAAGGAAACUGUCGGGCUGGUCAACACCCCGUCCGUCUAUGUGAAGGCAACUGCAAAUUUGGAACUCCAAGCACGUGAAGAAAGUAUGGAUCUACAGACCCGCGACGAGAGCACUUGUAAGAACGGUGUUCAGUUGAAGGUUGGUGCGAAGAAUCGCAUCCACGUUGCGGGAUUCGACGUGCUCGAAUACGAGAUCGCCAAUAUCCCAAUUUUCGAAAAGGACCUUGGCUGUGUCAACGCGGACGGAUUCAAUCCUGGAACUGAAAAACCAGCAGAUGGGCUUAUCAAGGAGGUUACCGACAAGAGCGGCGACUCUGGAGCAGGAAAGCCUUACAUUGCCGAUGCCACUCAAAACUUUAAGAAGGUUGAAGGUGCUCAAGGUUUCAAGAUUGUUAUGGCCGCUGACAGUGGAAGUAUUAUGGUUACUGGAACCAACGGCGGUCUCUACCUGGUUGACAAGGACGAAGGAUACGAUGUCAGUGCCCCAUGGGGCACUCUUGACACCAAAGCCAAGCCACUGACACUUGAUGUCUUUGGACGAGUUCUGUCAUACAAGCUUCUGAAGUCUUAUGACAAGAAUUAUUAUCUCGGCCAGAACGCUCCGAUGCUGGCCGAUCUUAUGGUGUCAGAUCCACAGAGUGUUCCUGUGGGGUACAAAGCUACGGCGAUGAAAGAGUUGGAAACAUCCGAAUCUAGGAAGACAUAUGGUAUACCCUUGGUCUAUGACAACGCUUUGAAGGCCAUCACCAAGCCCGUUUACUAUCCCACUGCUUGCAAAACUCCCCUGGGAACAAUUAUUAUUGCAACUCGCGAAAUUAUCACCAAGGAUGGGCAGGUCCAGUCGAUUUGGAGCCCUAACUCAAAAUUCGGACCGAGAAUGGACCGUGAGCUCAUGGACCAUUACGGUCUUUACAGAAAGGAUUGCAAGACAAUUCAGUUGAUUGCAAACUAGGUCGGGCACAUGCAUGUAUCUCAGCUAGUUGUGUUGAAUAUAAACAUAAUAUUAAUUACCUCAGUAUAAUAAUCAAUGAUGAGACAGAUAUAGCUAUCGUAUCACGAUUUAUUAAUACAAGUU